CUCCGUCUCUAUAUCUGAAGUUAAGCUUACAUCGUAAGCGUACCGCUAAACGAGUAUUGUAAGGCUUCCAAGAAUUGGGAACUUCUACCUUUUUCAAACGGAAGUUUAAGAAAAUGACUUCGAAGAUGGCACAGAAGCCUGCAUAUGAGCUUUUCUCUAAGGAGACUAGGUCCUUUGUUUACGGAAUGCAAACAAAGGCCGUCCAAGGAAUGCUCGAUUUUGACUAUUUGUGUGGUAGACAAGUACCCUCUGUUGCAGCCAUAAUUUACACUUUUGGCGGCCAAAGUAUUACCAAAAUGUACUGGGGAACCAAGGAGAUUCUCCUGCCAGUUUACCGUUCGGUGGAAGAGGCUUGCACUAAACAUCCUGACGUUGAUGUCGUUGUAAAUUUUGCGUCCAGUCGUAGCGCCUUCCCUUCAACCAUGGAAUUAAUGGAUUAUCCUCAGAUCCGCUGUAUUGCUAUUAUUGCCGAAGGUGUACCUGAACGACGCGCUCGUGAGAUUCUACUAAAGUCCAAAGAAAAAAAUGUCGUUAUUAUUGGACCAGCGACUGUCGGCGGUAUUAAGCCAGGAUGCUUUAAAAUUGGUAACACAGGAGGUAUGAUGGAUAACAUAGUUGCAUCAAAACUUUAUCGCCCUGGCUCUGUCGCAUAUGUUUCCAAGUCAGGUGGUAUGUCUAACGAAUUAAACAAUAUCAUCUCUCAUAACACUGAUGGUGUGUAUGAAGGUAUUGCUAUCGGUGGUGAUCGCUAUCCUGGUACAACUUUCAUUGACCAUCUUUUGCGUUUUGAAGCCGAUCCUGACUGUAAGUUGAUGGUUUUACUUGGUGAAGUCGGUGGUGUUGAAGAGUAUCGGGUUAUUGAAGCCAUCAAGAAUGGUACUAUAAAAAAACCCAUUGUCGCAUGGGCUAUCGGUACUUGCUCUAGCAUGUUCAAGACUGAGGUUCAAUUUGGUCAUGCUGGUUCCUUUGCGAACUCUGAAAUGGAGACGGCAGUAGCUAAAAACAACGCUAUGAGAAACGCUGGCAUAUACGUUCCCGAUACAUUUGAGAAUCUUCCAGCCGUGUUACAUAGCGUUUAUGAAGAACUUGUGAAUAAGGGCGAUCUCACUCCCAAACCUGAUCAAACCCCUCCAAAUAUUCCAUUGGACUAUGCUUGGGCAAAAGAAUUGAGCAUGGUCCGUAAGCCGUCUUCCUUUAUUUGCUCUAUCUCAAACGACCGCGGUCCUGAAUUAACCUAUAGCAACGUCCCUAUUAGCAAAGUUUUUGAAGAUGACCUUGGAAUUGGAGGUGUUAUUUCUCUAUUAUGGUUCCGUCGCCGUCUUCCUUCCUACGCUACAAAGUUUUUAGAAAUGAUUCUUCAACUCACAGCUGAUCAUGGGCCUUGUGUCUCAGGUGCCAUGAACACCAUUAUUACCACAAGAGCUGGUAAGGAUUUAAUUUCUUCUUUAGUUUCUGGUUUGCUUACCAUCGGUACCCGAUUCGGUGGAGCCUUGGAUGGUGCUGCACAAGAAUUUUCAAAAGCAUUUGACUCUGGUCUAUCUCCCCGAGCCUUCGUUGAUAGCUGCAGAAAAGCUAACAAACUUAUUCCUGGUAUUGGCCACAGAAUUAAGAGUAGAAACAACCCGGACCUUCGUGUUGAGUUGGUAAAGCAGUAUGUCAAAAAACAUUUCCCUUCUACCAAACUUCUAGACUAUGCUUUAGCAGUCGAGAAUGUUACUACUUCGAAAAAAGAUAAUCUAAUUUUGAACGUUGAUGGCUGUAUUGCGAUAUGUUUUGUUGACUUACUCCGUAAUUGCGGCGAGUUCACCUUGGAAGAGGCCAACGAAUAUAUCAACUUGGGUAUUUUGAACGGCAUGUUUGUUCUUGGACGUAGUAUAGGUCUUAUUGGUCAUCACUUAGAUCAAAAGCGCUUAAGAGCACCACUCUAUCGCCAUCCUUGGGACGACUUUUUGUAUCUUUCUUAACUUGAUUGAUAAUUUUGCCACUUCUUUACUAUUUUUUGGUUUAUGGUUUUAAAUCUUCUUAUACUUUUUUGCUACGUUUUUAAGUCUUGUCAUUACAUCCUUCCUCUUUUCAGUAGAUUGAAAUGAAUAAUAUCUAUGAGUACAUCACUGUAGUCUAAACGAGCUUUAGAUUUAUUAUUUUGAUAAUGCAGCAGUAGUUCAUUCUUUCGCGGUAU